AUGGAGGAGCGGCGCUAUCGCUCGGCGUCGGGGGCGCCGCUGGCGCUGCGGUGCCGCCAGCAUAGCGCUUCCUGCCGGGAGCUGGCCGUGCGCUGCCCCCGCCUGCAGCUCCGCUCGCUCAGCGCCGUCACCUCCGCCGUCUGGCUGGCGGCCUACGGGCUCUUCGUGCUUUGCCAGAAUAGUAUGGUGCUUUCUGCCGCUAUAUUCCUCACGCUGAUCGGCCUCAUCAUCUACCUGCACUUUGUGAAAAUUGACCAGGAAUCCCUACUGGUCAUCGGCUCACUUGGCAUUCAGGUGACUUCAUCUUACGCUUCAGGGAAGGAGAGCAUAACCUUCAUUGAGAUGAGCCAAGUGAAGGAUGUGGUUAUCAAUGAAGCCAUCCAUAUGCAAAAAGUUAUCUAUUACCUGUGCAUCCUCCUGUGCGACCCUCAGGAUCCUCAGGGAGUGUCUGAGGUUGUGCCGCUCUUUCAGAGUUCCAAACCACGUCUGGACUGCUUGAUAGAAGUGUACAAAAGUUGUCAUGAAAUCCUGGAUCAGAGAAAAACAGCUUCACAACCAGAUGGAGUAAAAUAAUAAAUACUCAAGAUGGAUAACUUGCAGCAGGACUUGGAGAAAUGUAUGGAAAAGCAAGCAAAUCUGACCUAUGGCUCUUUAAAAUUAAAUGUUUAGAAUGUGAUGCAGUUGUAAGAAUGACAUUAUAGAUAACAGCCCACACAGACUCACAGAGCUGUUAUAGAAGAUGUCAGCUGAAGUGCACAAGUGAACCUAGAAAUUGACUGUUAUGAAAAGCAGGUGAGCAACACUUAUGAAAGAGUCAAACAGAAGAGGUUUUUCCAUGCAUCUAUGGAAGAAGGUAUUGGAAGGGGAGACAAAAAUAGGCAGCAAAUGUUUAUUCUUUCAUGGAUCCGAGAUUUCUGACAAAAACAAAUUGUAACCUUGGGAAGACAGAAAAAAAAACCUUUUUUUACUUUUUUUUUUUUUUUUUUUUUUUUUAAGUUUCUUUGUAAUCUUUUCUUGGAAAGAGUAUCAAAACAAAGGUGGGCUGGCUCA